AGCUCUUGAAAUUACUACGUCCACCCUCAUAGACCAGAUCUUCUCGGUUUUGAAAGAAGAGCGUACGACGACUACAUUUGAGACGUGUUUUUUUCCUUUUCCCCCUCUCAAAUCUUAUCGGAAGACUAGUUUGAUUAUUCUAAAACAUUUUUGAGUUCAACCAAGAAACCAGCUACUCUGCUAUGGCAAAAGGAGAGGGAGGCGAACAAUACUCUAACGCCAGUUUGUUGAAUAAACCGGGCAGCUCGGAUGGCAUCAAACUGGCCAGGAAGCGUGAGCAUAGGAACAGGUUGUCAAUCUGCAGUAAGAUAUGCUAUGCUAUCGGUGGAGCGCCCUACCAGAUCACAGGAUGUGCCCUGGGCUUCUUUCUGCAGAUCUAUCUACUGGAUGUAGCACAGUUGGAUCCCUUCUACGCCUCCAUCAUCUUGUUUGUGGGCCGAGCCUGGGACGCGGUAACGGACCCCACGGUGGGCUUCCUGGUCUCCCGAAGCCCAUGGACACGUGUCGGACGCAUGCUGCCCUGGAUCCUGCUCUCAACCCCUCUGGCUGUGCUUUCCUAUUUUCUCAUAUGGUACGUUCCUCCCUUUGAGGACGGCAAAGUCAUCUGGUACCUUUUCUUCUACUGCCUCUUCCAGUCCCUUCAAACUUGCUUCCAUGUGCCGUACUCUGCCCUCACCAUGUUCAUCAGCUCGGAGCAGAAAGAAAGGGACUCGGCCACCGCAUACAGGAUGACGGUGGAGGUUCUUGGCACCGUGCUCGGUACAGCCAUCCAGGGUCAGAUUGUGGGGAUGGCCAACGCACCGUGCCUCCCAGGACCCGGCGACAUCUUACUAGAUCAGAUCAACUCCACCGAGUCUGCCGAUCUCAACAACAGUGAACCUGUCAUCUCCCUGGACCACACGAAAACGGCCUACAUGAUUUCCUCCGGUGUUAUCUGCUCAAUCUAUGUCCUCUGUGCCAUCAUUCUUUUCUUCGGCGUGAGAGAACAAAAAGAUUCUUCCCGUCUCAGGUCAGAGCCCAUGGGUUUCUUCCAGGGGAUUAAGCUGGUGAUGGGGCAUGGACCUUAUGCCAAACUGGUCAUGGUCUUCCUCUUUACCUCACUAGCUUUCAUGCUCCUAGAGGGAAACUUUGCUCUGUUCUGCAGCUCCACACUAGGCUUCAGAAACGACUUCCAGAAUAUUCUGCUGGUCAUCAUGCUCUCCGCUACUUUGGCCAUCCCCUUCUGGCAGUGGUUUCUGACUCGCUUUGGGAAAAAGACGGCGGUUUACGCUGGCACCUUGUCUGUGGUUCCCUUCAUGAUCCUGGUGGUGUGUUUGAAGAGUAACCUGAUUGUCACCUACAUUGUCUCCUUCGCUGCUGGGGUUGGAGUGGCCGCAGCCUUCCUGCUGCCCUGGUCUAUGCUGCCUGAUGUUGUCGACGAUUUCCAAGUGCAGAACCCUGAAUCCACUGGCCACGAGGCCCUCUUCUAUUCCUUCUAUGUCUUCUUCACCAAGUUUGCCUCUGGAGUCUCCCUUGGCAUCUCCACUCUCAGUUUAGAUUUUGCAGGCUACAUCAGUCGAGGUUGCACCCAACCAGUGGAAGUGGAUAUAACCUUGAAAAUACUGGUUUCCGCUGCCCCCAUAGCUCUCAUCAUAAUCGGCCUCAUCAUAUUAUACUCUUAUCCAAUCGAUGAGGAGAGGAGGCAAGGCAACCGCAAAUUACUACAGGAACAGAGGGACAACGAGGCAGAUUCUGAAACAGACUCGACAGAACUGGCCAACAUGAUCUAGCACAUUUUACAGACCCACGGACCAAUCGAGUGAUCGACUGGCAUUUUGCACUGGGCGGGACCAACGGACCUGAGCCUGUCGGAUCAUACAGACACUGCCUUGUCCAAUCACAUUGCUGCUGUUCAACGUCUACAAAACCUGAUUGGUUCAGAAGUGUCGCCGCUUCAGCCACACUGAGGCCUUUCUAGAGACUGAUAUCCUAGCCUUUGUGUUGGUGACAUUUUCCCAGCAUGAUGUUCACUCUCUUCUUUCAGUCAGAUCUCAAAAGCCUUACUUUUUGUACAACGUGCUACUUUUGAGUACUGCAGAAAAAACUUUUUUUUUUUUUUUUAAAGGUUGGUCUCAGUUGAAAUUGCACAAAACCGUGAAAUGUGAUGGGAGCAGGGGACGUGUUUACUCCACGCUGCCAUUUGUUGGUGCUACUCGCUGGAGCUGAACAGUUCCCAUCCUUAUACGUACGUCAAGCACUAAUGACCAUGAGCACUGCGCUAAAAACAGCAUUAUAGUUCUGUCAACAUCAUGUGAAACUUGAACAAAUAGCGAUAAUGCCUUAAUUUCAGCUCCAUUUUUGGGGAGAAAAUUUCCAGACUGACAAACUGUAACUUGAGUCAGUCUCUUGCUCUUGAGUCAUUGUCUUGGUAUGUACUUUGAAUAUGUUUAAAUGUGUUUUGUACUUUUUACAAUUUCUCCUCAUAGUUUACUAAAAGCAGCCAGAUUGUUUCCACCUCAUCCCCAUCCUACUGGCUUUUCUAGAAAGAGGGAGUAAUAAUGAUGUUGGAACAAAUGGCCAAAACGGUAACAGCAGUGCUCUGAAGGGCUCUUUUUAUUUCUCCACCGUUAUACUGAAACCACUACAAUAGUAAAAGCUGUUAGUUUGCACAGAUAACUGCAAUGUUUAUCCAUCAAUUACAUUAUUUAUAGGACAGCGACUAUAGACAGGAAAACCUUUCCUCUAAAUGCUUACAUUGACACAAUACCAAGCAAAACAGUGACUACAGCCAGGACUAAUUUAGCGAUAUCAUUAUUUAAGUAUUUAUUAGUUUUGAUUUUACUGUUUUUGAAUUCCUGGUAAGUCAUACUUCUUGCAGUAUUUAAAUCUAUUUAAGGCCUGUAAGGUUGUCCUCACAGAAUUAUCCAUUUCACAAUGAGGCAAAUGGGUCAAAUUUUAAAACAUUCACACGCCUUUUAAUGCAUGUUGCCAUCGCUGAUGUCUUUGCUCCAUAUGCAUUCAAAAAGGGAAGCUCAUAAUUGUCAAAAAAAAAAAGGUUGAAAGAUGGGAAAGUGUACAUGUUGUAGUCUUCCUGAAUGUUUUUUUUUUUUUUUUUUGUACAUAAGUGUGUAAAUUGAAGGAACAACCAAGAUGCUUUAUGAUCAUCUCAAUCCCUGUUAUAAAAAUGAGGAUUGACAUCGUUCAUAUCCAUUGAUAUGGAAAUGUGUACAUUCAAUUUCAUAUGUUAUACAUACUGCUACAUCUUCGACGUGUUGUUUCUGACAACUGGGAAACCGAUGUGAAAAGUGUUGUUUCAUCCUCUUUUUUUUUCUUCUUUUUUUUAAAGUUUUGUUCUAAGAUUUUUCACAUCACUAGUAGAGGCCCACACUGUGCCAUUGUCACCCACUAAACCUGUAAUAAUUGUACAUCCUGUAAAUCUCGUCCUGUUUUAUUUUCAUUGUUUUGUCUUUUGUUGGAUCUGUCAGCGAACGUCCCUCUUGACUCUUGAGGCUGUAGCCAAAUGUGUGAGCUUUAAAAGACAGGGACACACAGACGCCUUGUGUACAUGCCUCCUGUGCAUAUGUAUAUAUUGUACGUAAACGUGUAAAUAUCUUUGAUAUUUGUGGUUGCAAGUGAAAUGAACUUAUGUACACUGUACUGUAGUUAUUUAAGGAAAAAACGUUGAGAUUGAAGAGAUGUUAAUAAAUACUAAUUGAUAAGUGUACUGUGAA